UGUCAAAUUUAUUUUGUAGUUGAGCUGGUGACCCGGUGAAAUAUUUGUUUCAGUGUAAAUUCUUCGUAUUUAUUUUUGAUGAGUUAUUUAAGUUUAUUUUUGUGAUAAUCAUGAUGGAGGGUUCAUUAAGCAAAUGGACAAAUGUUAUGAAGGGGUGGCAGUAUCGCUGGUUCGUCCUCGAUGAAAAUGCUGGUCUCCUAUCCUAUUAUACGUCGAAAGAGAAAAUGACACGUGGAGUGCGACGCGGCUGCGUGCGUCUGCGAGCUGCCGUCAUUGGGAUUGAUGAUGAAGACGAUUCCACAUUCACCAUCACCGUUGAUCACAAGACCUUCCAUUUUCAGGCCCGUGAUGGCUCCGAACGCGAACGCUGGGUUCGUGCGUUGGAAGACACGAUAGCCCGUCACGGUCGACGCGAGCGAUGGUCGCGUUGCGUUCCUGCGCCCGCGCAUCGACAUGGCGAUUUGGAACGACGUAUAUCUGAAGCGGACGCGUACCUACAGAUUAUGAUCGAGCUUGUUAAUAAGUUAAAUUUAAAAGUAUCAGAAAUCACGGACCCUCACGAAAAGAGCAGAGGCCAAGUUGUAUUGGACCACUCUAACGCUAUGUUGGAUAAUAUCAAACAUUCCAUAGUACUAUUACAAAUUGCUAAGAACACAGUCAAUCCGGUAAACGGCGUGUAUCAAGGACCAACGAACCUUUCACAAUCACAUAUCAAAGAAGAUUUAUCACCACGCGUGGAAUUGGGAUCGGAAUGUCGUGAACUAGCGUCACCAACACUGCCACUCACACCAUUGGAUGCUAUGGAUGCGCCACGGCAAGCGAUGUCUCUCCUAGUACCAGACACGUCCUAUUCAUCUUCUGAAGGCGAAGACGACUUCUACGAUGCUGAUGAAGAACCGUUACCGGCCGUAGCUCCUGGUCCCAGUGCAAGUCGUACAUGCGCGACGGUGGGUGCGUCCGAGUCAGAGGCGUCGCCCUCUGUCGACCUUCCUAGGACCAGAGACGGAGAGAUUGACUAUGAUGCUCUUUACGAAGAUGACUCGGACAGCGAUCUGGGCUCCAUGGAGAACCAUGGCUCCGUGGUCACACAUCUCCUCUCACAAGUCAAAAUUGGCAUGGAUCUCACAAAGGUUGUUCUUCCUACAUUUAUUCUGGAGAGGCGAUCGCUACUCGAAAUGUACGCGGACUCGUUCGCCCAUCCUGACCAAUUUGUUAAGAUAGUGGAUAUGCCGACACCCAGGGAACGGAUGGUACAAGUGGUACGGUGGUACUUAAGCUCGUACCAUGCGGGGCGAAAAUCACAAGUCGCCAAGAAACCAUACAAUCCCAUACUUGGAGAGGUGUUCAGGUGUCAUUGGGAUCUGGAUGGGGUUGAGCCAUCUAAUAAUGGAGACAAGAUAGAAGUAGGCGACGGUCCUGUUCCCUGGUGUUCGCCGGAACAAUUAUCCUUCGUAGCUGAACAAGUCUCCCAUCAUCCCCCAAUCUCAGCCUUUUAUGCGGAACACGUCAACAAACGCAUCCAAUUCGAGGCCUCGGUUUGGACGAAGAGCAAGUUUCUGGGUCUCUCUAUCGGUGUCCAUAAUAUCGGCAAGGGAUUGGUUACCCUGCUGGAUUUGGAGGAAGAGUAUACCCUAACAUUUCCCAAUGGUUAUGGCAGGUCAAUAUUAACAAUCCCCUGGAUAGAACUAGGCGGUUCCGUAGUAAUAGAAUGCGCGCAAACUGGUCACAAGGCGAACGUGGAGUUUCUUACAAAACCCUUCUAUGGAGGCAAGAAACAUAGAGUCACGUGUGAAGUGUUCGCUGGUACUGAGAAGAAACCGUAUUAUACUGCACAAGGAGAAUGGAAUUCAAGGAUGGAUGGACGGUGGACUGAUUCUGGGCGUAACGAAGUAGUGUUCGACGUGUCGACGAUGAAGACGUGUCGCAAGCGUGUCGCGCCGAUCAGUCGCCAGUCGCCGCACGAGUCGCGUCGCGUUUGGCGAUACGUCACGGCCGCCUUGAGGGCCGCGGAUACGGACGCCGCGACUGCAGCUAAAAGACUGUUGGAGCAGACGCAGAGAGAUGCCGCUAAGAAGCGUGCUGAUAGCGACGAGGCUUGGGUCACACAGUUGUUCAGUCCAAAACCGGACGAUGGCUGGGAAUAUAAUAUGCCGUUAAAAAAACGUAUCGAAGGGAAAUCAUCUCCACAACUCAGUCCCACGCAACGAGAUAACGCUGAUACAAGAUAAUAUGGACUCUAAAACUAUAGAAUAAGGUAGUUAUUCCUACUGUCGAAUUGAUUAGAAUAGUCACGCUAAUAACUUCAUUGAUAGGUCAAUGACCUCAAUUAUUUAUAAAUUAUUUUAUAAUGGGUUAAAGGCGAAACGAAAUAUUUGAAAUGGCGAGUUUAAAUUAAAAUUUGACUAAAUAAAAACCAUGAGUUAUAUAAAACUAUGGAUAUAUUAUUUGUAUUAGAUUUUUCUAUAGAAUUUUUAUAUACAAUAUGUGACUUAGUAUUUUGUAUAGGCCUGGUUUUAAUAUUUAAAUGUCAGUUGUAAAACGAGUCGUUUAGAAAAUAUUGUAGUUUUAAACUAUUUUUUCAUAUGUCCGGUUUCGAUAUUAUAUCCUUUGUAAUUGAUACGAGUCGUAUUACAAAAUAAAAUUUGGAGUUAAACUAUUGAUUUAGCAUAUUAAAUGGGCCCGGUUUUAAUAAGUAAAUGACAGUUGUAAAACGAGUCGUAAAUUUAUCGAGCAACAAAAAUUAUUCCUUUAGAAAAAUCUAGCCGCUAAAGCGAACUAUAUUAUUAGUAACUGGUCACACUUUUAUUUACUUACGUAAAAAUAAAAUAUAGAACAUGUUAAUUAAACUUGCCAUGUUUAUCCUAUCAAUGAAGUUUGCGAUAGUUAAUUUUUGACGCACGUUAGGCGCUUAGUUACUUUAGGAAACUCGAGUUCGCUUAUGACAUAAUAUAAUUAAUGACAUUAAUGUCAAAUAUGAUGUUGAUGAUUAUUUCUGAAAUAUAUAUCAUACUUUACGAGAAAUGUCAUAUGUAAAUUUGUCCUGUUAGGGAAAAUGUGAGAAUUGAUAGUUUAUAUAUCAAAACUCUUUUUAAGAAUAUUGACAACCACAUUUUAUUGUUUCACUCUUGAAUUCCCGUUAUUUUAUUUCCUUGU